GAAGAGGAUGAUUACUUAGAUGUUAUUCCCCCCUCCCCUGAGGAAGAGCUGCCUUCCUUCUCACCUUCUGUAAAAAGCUUUAGCAAUGUCUUCAAAGAAUCGCCUACUGGUGGAAGAUCCACAGCCGGCAGCGUCGAGCCCAAGCCCGAGCAGGUUGCCCUGAGGCAGCCUGGCGCUGAAAGUGAUCCCGGUGCAGAGGCUACAGAUGCAGCAGGCUUGCCGUCGGAGGAGCAGCUCUACGGCGUCAUGGGCGAGAUCUGCAGGCUGGUGGAUGCCAUCCCGCUGCGCGAGCUGACCUCCCUGUCCUGCGGGAUGGAGCUCCUGCGGCAGCGGGACCUCAGGAGAAAAUUGCUGGCUAAUUCUGUCACUUUGAGCAAAACCUGUGUGGAGCGGGGCCCUCCUGCCUGUCACAGUCCCGCUCUGCCUUCUGGCCCCAACUGGAGCUUCAGUUCUGACAGAAACUCGCCCAAACCCACCAGCCUCUUGCUUGGGACUGUUCGUUCAAGCAGUUUUUCAACCAAAAACCCCCAAGCCUUGGACACCUCUUACACUUCGAAGCAAAGAAGCGAGGGAAUGGGCUGCCCGUCAUCGUCUGAGGCUGGUGGCAAAGCGGGAGGUUCCCCCGGGCUGAGCGCUGGUGGGAGCGGGCACCUGCUGGCGAGGCCCCUGGCCAGCGCGGCUCCGAGAGCUCAGAGCAGGGCGGCCACUGGCCUUCCCGCAGAAAACGGUUUGGGUAGGAAUGGGACGGACUUUGACCUCGAUCACUUGAAUAUCGACGAUUUUGACGAGGGCUGGGAGGAUUCAGUGAACGUUUCGGCACCUGAGGCGCGGCCGUCGUGCCAGCCCGUGCGGGAAGGGCCGCCCACCACAUCGCUGCUCUCCAAGAUAAUGUCCAGAGCCGAAGGAUCUGCUGCUCUGUCGAGUCCUGCUGCUCUGAAAUCAAGCUUCUCAAUGGCAACAAAGAACCGUUCUGAUCUGCUGGUUAAUAACCCUGCACUAGAACGUUUCAGAGGUAUGAAAUUUCCCCAUUCUGAAGAAAUGAUGGCUGUAUUUCACAGAAAGUUCGGUUUGCACAGUUUUCGGACAAAUCAGCUGGAGGCCAUCAACGCCGCUCUUCUGGGGGAAGAUUGCUUCAUCCUGAUGCCCACCGGUGGGGGUAAAAGCUUGUGCUACCAGCUGCCAGCGUGCGUCUCCGCUGGAGUCACUAUUGUUAUCUCUCCGCUGAGGUCGUUGAUAAUAGAUCAGGUUCAGAAGCUGAACACCUUAGAUAUUGCUGCAACGUACCUGACCGGUGACAGAACAGAUACUGAUGCUUCCAAAAUAUAUAUGCAAAUGUCAAAAAAAGAUCCUGUAAUAAAGCUUCUGUAUGUUACCCCUGAGAAGAUUUGUGCAAGCGGCCGCCUGAUGUCAGCGCUGGAAAACCUCUACGACAGGAAACUCCUGGCGCGUUUUGUCAUCGAUGAGGCCCACUGUGUCAGCCAGUGGGGCCACGAUUUUCGACAAGACUACAAGCGACUGAACAUGCUCCGCAAGAAGUUUCGCUCCGUUCCUAUGAUGGCUCUCACUGCCACUGCUAACCCCCGAGUGCAGAAGGAUAUUCAGAACCAGCUUGAGAUGCUAAAGCCACAAGUGUUUACGAUGAGCUUCAACAGACAUAACUUGAAAUACGAUGUAUUGCCCAAGAAGCCGAAGAAGGUGGCAAUGGAUUGCUUGGAAUGGAUUAAGAAAUAUCAUCCACAUGACUCUGGAAUAAUUUAUUGCCUUUCACGUCACGAAUGUGACACAACAGCAGCUAUUCUGCAGAAGGAAGGUCUUGCUGCGCUUGCCUACCACGCUGGCCUCACUGACGCCAACAGAGAUCUGGUACAGAAGAAGUGGAUUAAUCAGGAAGGUUGCCAGGUUAUAUGUGCCACCAUUGCCUUUGGAAUGGGCAUCGACAAACCUGACGUGCGCUAUGUUAUCCACGCUUCUCUUCCCAAGUCUGUGGAAGGUUACUACCAAGAAUCUGGCAGAGCUGGACGAGAUGGUGAAAUGUCUCACUGCCUGCUCUUCUAUAGCUACAGCGACGUGACCAGACUGAGGAGGCUGAUCAUGAUGGAGAAAGAUGGAAACAGUCACACAAGACAGACGCACUUUAACAACCUGUACAGUAUGGUUCACUACUGUGAGAACGUCGUUGACUGCCGGAGGAUUCAGCUUUUGGCCUACUUCGGGGAAACAGACUUUAAUCCCAACUUCUGUAAAGAUCACCCAGAAGUAACUUGCGAUAACUGCAGUAGAAAGAAGGAUUACAAAUCGAGAAAUGUAACAGAUGAAGUGAAGAGCAUUAUCAGAUUUGUACAAGAGCAUUGUGGGCAAAUGAGACGGACAAGUGCAAAGAAAAAUACAGGUUCUGGAAGAUACACGUUGAAUAUGAUGGUGGACAUUUUCUUAGGUAAAACGAGCGCCAAGAUUCAGUCUGGGAUAUUUGGGAAGGGGUCUGCCUACUCCAGGCACAACAUUGAAAGGUUGUUUAGAAAGCUGGUCUUGGACAAGAUUCUGGACGAAGACUUGUACAUCACAGCUAACGACCAGGCGGUUGCAUACGUAACGCUGGGGGAGAGAGCUCAGGCUGUGCUUGGUGGAUCACUACAGGUGGAGUUUCACGAAACGGAAAGCGCCAGCGCCAUCAGGAAGCAAAGGGCUUCCUUGGCAAAGAUGUCACAGCGGGAAGAGAUGGUUAAGAAGUGCCUGGGGGAACUUACAGACAUGUGCAAAACGCUUGGGAAAGUGUUCGACGUGCAUUACUUCAAUAUUUUCAGUACUUCAACGCUGAAGAAAAUCGCAGAAACUUUGUCCUCUGAUGUGGAGGUUCUGCUGCAGAUUGAUGGUGUCACAGAAGACAAACUGGAAAAAUACGGUGCAGAAAUAAUUAAAGUGAUGGAUAAGUACUCUGAGUGGACCACACCAGAUGAUGCCACCUGCCAGAGCGGGGACACAGCUACGGGAGGCAUGAGCACCCCUGAGCGCGAUGAAGAGGCAGAAGAUGUAGUUACGACCUCGAGCUAUUUUUGCAAUAAUGCCAACCAAAGAAGAAAGAGGAAAAGGCCGCCAAACUUCAGAGAAUCAAAGAGGAAAAAGACGUGUAGUGGUGGCAGCCAGCAGUUUCGGCCCAAAGGGAGUCGGUACCGAAGGACCAAAGGUGCGGCCGGCUCGCGGGCUCCGGCUUCCUCGGGCUACAGAGCUGCUGGAAAGCUGGGCAUCAUGGCCCCGCCGAAACCCAGGAACAGACAAUUCCUCCAGCCUUCCUAUUCCAUAGUGUAG